AUGGCUACAUGUUUCCGAGUCCCAAUAUCUAUCCCUACUUCCAUGCCCGCUUCACCUUCUCACUCUCCUUCCUCUCGUUUCCCUCCAACAAGAUUCAGAACUCUUAGAACCCUUAACGCAAUAGGCAAACCCAAAAUUCCCAUGCCCCCUUUCGACCCUAAAGACCCUUUUAUCGCCAAACUCGCUUCCGUCGCCGCUUCUUCCCCUGAAACACUCCUCAAACCUCCCUCUAAUCCCGAUAAUCUUCCUUUAUUAGACAUUUUCGAUUCCCCUCAACUCAUGGCCGCUCCCGCUCAUCAUGCAAGAUCUGCUUCAUACGGCGGCGGACGGCGUCGCAGAAGUUCACCGCCCGACCUGCCUUCGGUGCUGCUUGAUGGUCGAAUUGUUUACAUUGGCAUGCCUUUGGUGCCGGCUGUCACCGAGCUUGUUAUCGCAGAGCUUAUGUACCUGCAGUGGAUUCAGCCUAAAGAACCAAUAUAUAUUUACAUAAACUCCACCGGGACUACCCGAGCGGAUGGAGAAACGGUGGCGAUGGAGUCAGAAGGUUUUGCCAUUUAUGAUGCAAUGAUGCACAUGCAUACCAAGAUACACACUCUAGCUAUUGGUGUUGCUAUAGGUCAAGCAUGUUUACUACUUUCAGCCGGGACUCCUGGUAAACGCUUCAUGAUGCCCCAUGCAAAAGCCAUGAUUCAGCAGCCUCGUGUUCCAUCAUCUGGGUUGAGACCAGCAACCGACGUUCUUAUUCAUGCAAAGGAGGUGAUACGAAACAGGGACACUCUAGUUAAACUACUGGCCAGACAUACGAGAAAUUCUGAGGAGAAAGUUGCUAACGUGAUGAAGAGAGCAUAUUACAUGGACCCAUUAAAGGCAAAGGAAUUUGGGGUCAUUGACAAAAUUCUUUGGCGUGGCCAGGAGACGAUUAUGAGCGAUGCUUCUUCUCGCGAAGAUUUGGAAAACGUUACUGCUGAUGCUGAAGUUGAAAGUAGAUUUUAG